CAUCCUGCGUUUGGACUUCGCGACUGUCCUGGGCGAAGAUGGCUGUCUAAAAUAAAAUGCACGGGGAGGCACCGAGCCGUGGACAUCGAGCUUGUUAAGUCCAGCUCCCCAUCCUCGAGACCCGGAGGAGGACGAGCCCGGCUCUGAAAAAGUGCAGUCAUGAAUUCUGGAGUUGCCCUGAAAUAUGGCAACGACUCCUCGGCGGAGCUGAGCGAGCUCCACUUGGCAGCCCUGGCAUCACUGAAGGGAGACAUAGUGGAGCUUAAUAAGCGUCUGCAGCAGACAGAGCGGGAACGGGACCUGCUGGAGAAGAAAUUGGCCAAGGCACAGAGAGACAUUCUUGAUAGAUGUGUCUUGAAUGCUCUCAAUGGUGACUGGCUGUCCAUUUUCCUCAGGGAAGAAGAUGAGUACUCCGAACUGCGGUCAGAACUCAGCCAGAGCCAACACGAGGUCAAUGAAGACUCUCGAAGCAUGGACCAAGACCAGACGUCUGUCUCCAUCCCCGAAAACCAGUCCACGAUGGUCACUGCCGACAUGGACAACUGCAGCGACCUGAACUCAGAACUGCAGAGGGUGCUGACGGGGCUGGAGAGUGUCGUCUGCGGCAGGAAGAAGAGCAGCUGCAGCCUCUCGGUGGCCGAGGUGGACAGGCACAUCGAGCAGCUGACCACGGCCAGCGAACACUGUGACUUGGCUAUUAAGACUGUCGAGGAGAUUGAAGGGGUACUUGGCCGGGACCUAUACCCUAACCUGGCCGAGGAGCGUUCCCGAUGGGAAAAGGAGCUGGCCGGGCUGAGGGAAGAGAACGAGAGCCUGACCGCCAUGCUGUGCAGCAAAGAGGAGGAGCUGAACAGGACCAAGGCCACCAUGAAUGCCAUCCGGGAGGAGCGAGACCGGCUCCGGAGGAGGGUUCGAGAGCUUCAGACUCGACUCCAGAGCGUGCAAGCCACAGGGCCCUCCAGCCCUGGCCGCCUCACUUCUGCCAACCGCCCAAUCAACCCCAGCACCGGGGAGCUGAGCACCAGCAGCAGCAGCAACGACAUUCCCAUCGCCAAGAUCGCCGAGAGAGUGAAGCUAUCAAAGACAAGGUCGGAAUCGUCCUCCUCCGAUCGGCCGGUCCUGGGCUCAGAAAUCAGUAGCAUAGGGGUAUCGAGCAGCGUGGCCGAACAUCUGGCUCACUCCCUUCAGGACUGCUCGAACAUCCAGGAGAUCUUCCAAACGCUGUACUCACACGGAUCUGCCAUCUCUGAAAGCAAAAUUAGAGAGUUCGAGGUGGAAACGGAGCGGCUGAACAGCCGGAUCGAACACCUCAAAUCUCAAAAUGACCUCCUCACCAUAACCCUGGAGGAAUGCAAGAGCAACGCCGAGCGGAUGAGCAUGCUGGUCGGAAAAUACGAAUCUAACGCCACAGCGCUGAGGCUGGCCCUGCAGUACAGUGAGCAGUGCAUAGAAGCCUACGAACUUCUCCUGGCACUGGCGGAAAGCGAGCAGAGCCUCAUCCUGGGGCAGUUCCGAGCAGCCGGUGUGGGGUCCUCUGCCGGCGACCAGUCAGGGGAUGAAAGCAUCACUCAGAUGCUCAAGCGGGCUCACGACUGCAGGAAGACGGCGGAGAAUGCGGCCAAAGCCCUGCUCAUGAAGCUGGACGGCAGCUGCGGGGGCGCCUUUGCCGUGGCCGGCUGCACUGUGCAGCCCUGGGAGAGCCUCUCCUCCAACAGCCACACCAGCACCACCAGCUCCACAGCCAGCAGCUGUGACACGGAGUUCACCAAGGAAGACGAGCAGAGGCUGAAGGAUUACAUCCAGCAGCUCAAGAACGACCGGGCUGCCGUCAAGCUGACCAUGCUGGAGCUGGAGAGCAUCCACAUCGACCCCCUCAGCUACGACGUCAAGCCUCGUGGCGACAGCCAGAGGCUGGACCUGGAGAACGCCGUGCUGAUGCAGGAGCUCAUGGCCAUGAAGGAGGAGAUGGCCGAGCUGAAGGCUCAGCUCUACUUGCUGGAGAAAGAGAAGAAGGCUCUGGAGCUGAAACUGAGCACCCGGGAGGCCCAGGAGCAGGCCUACCUGGUGCACAUCGAGCACCUCAAGUCCGAGGUGGAGGAGCACAAGGAGCAGCGGAUGCGGUCCCUCAGCUCCACCGGCAGCAGCAGCAAGGACAAGCCUAGCAAGGAGGGUGCUGAUGCUCCCUCCCCGGCCCUGUCCCUGGCGGAGCUCAGGACGGCGUGCAACGAGAGCGAGCUGGCUGCAGAGUUCACCAACGCCAUCCGCAGAGAAAAGAAGUUGAAGUCCAGAGUUCAAGAGCUGGUGAGCGCCUUGGAAAGACUCACCAAGAGCAGCGAGAUUAGACACCAGCAGUCAGCAGAGUUCGUUAAUGACCUGAAACGGGCCAACAGCAACCUUGUGGCUGCCUAUGAGAAAGCAAAGAAGAAGCAUCAAAAUAAAUUGAAGAAGCUGGAAUCCCAGAUGAUGGCCAUGGUGGAAAGGCACGAGACCCAAGUGAGGAUGCUCAAACAAAGAAUAGCUCUCCUAGAGGAGGAGAACUCACGGCCACACACCAAUGAAACUUCACUCUAACAGCCUUUCCAGCACCAACGUUAUGCCUGCAGAAGCCAAGCUGUAGCAGGCCACCAGGGGAAGGAGGGUCUUUGGGGCAGAGUACCUGUUUGGGAGAAUCAGAACAGGGAAGCUGGGCAGGUAGGUCAGCUCAGCCCGAGGCUGGGCAGCCCCGGGGACUCUUGGGUGGACUGUAUCCAGACGGGUGGGGUGCUGCUCCUCCCUCCCAGGCCCACAGAUGGCAUGUACAUACAUGUUGUGCUCAGCAGUAGUACCCGGCUUCUCCUUUCAGCACUUGCUUCUCGUCUCCUGCCUUUUGUGAGCUCGAGGUUGUUCAGCUGUGAAAUUCCAGCCAUUUACUUAUAUGAUUUUCCAUUUUCUAUUUCUCUUUUUGGUAGACAACGGGUUUAGCUUCUGGUUCCCCAAAAUUCUCCUCUUUGUUCCUUCAGUGAAAACUGACAGGUUAGCCUCUAGCAGAGCUGCUGGUUGGAGACUGCAACAAGGCUUUGGUUUCCGAGACCCAUGUCUCAAACAUGGUUCUGUUGUGGUUUCAGGUCACAAGAAGGUAAUGUAUCGGUCUUAUAUUAAACUUAUAUCCUAAAGUUUAAGUAGUACAAGCCUGUGCUGGACCAGUUCUGUACUGAGAGAAUGGAGUCUCCCUCUGCCUUUCACACUGGGGGCAAAGGAUACAAUGGGAACUCGUGACUGACAUUCCCUUGCCCAGUGGAGCCAAGAAUUAGAGGUGAGAAUGUUAAUGACAAGUACAGUGGAACUACAAAUUUAUCAGGAGUUUCCUCGAGAGCAGGGAACCAUUUUUAAAGUACUUUUCUCUCUAGUCCAGAGCACGACAUAAUUGCUGUUUUGUAGGAAUCAAAACUCAUCCACAUGUGGAUAUAUGUCAUUCUGAACUUGUCUCCAAGAGCCAGAGGCUGUCCCAAGGCUGCUCGUUUGAAAAGACUGCUACUGACCCCACUGCUCCCUGCAGCAUGGAGGGGCAGCCGGUGAGGGGGAGGGGUGGAGGUUGGCUGCCAUCGAGUCAGCCACUGUGACAGCCUUACGCAGAGCAGAAUGAAACAGUACCCAUGCCUCAUGCACCCUUGGCUGUCACUGGUAACAUUUGAGCCCAUUGUCAUAGCCCUUGUUUGUGCUGAUCCUCCACCAAACCUGAUAAGUCUUUUCUAGAAUGGUGGCGAAGGCCUCCUUUCACCCUGAAACCAAUGAAAUUCCAAGCAAAAUGCUGACAAGGCUUAUAUAAGAGAACCCACCCUUAUACUUUAGACGAGAGGUUCUGCCAUCCUGGACCCCGGGGCCAUUACUGAUCCUACCUGGCCUUAUUUUGAGUUUAUACUUCAAGUUAAUGUUUUCAAAUACGUGGCGAGUGGGUGAAAACUAUGUUUCAGGCAAAAAGUGUUGCAUUUAUAAACAAUAUAGAAUAAAAGAUUUUUUAAUGGUUUAUUCCUUCCCUGGUAUUUUUCAAAUCCUGUUAAUACACAACUCUUGUCAAAGGUGAACCAACCAGCCCUUAGUUAUGCAUCAUUCUGAGGCCUCCCGAGAGUGCAGUUACAUAAAUGAUGGCAGGUGCUGGCCCCAGGAUGCUAGACUCUGCCUGAGUUUUUCUCCAGACAGGAGCUGUUCAAGUGAACGUCCCCCUCAAGGGUACGAAGUCGUUUGGGUUCUAACUUGUAGAAGAUAACACAUCUGGGGUCUUUGUAUUUUUAAUUGUCUUCCAGUUUUCCCAGUGGUUACACUUUCGGCAAUCCCCUUCUCUGUUCAGCCUGUAGCUCCUGAUAAAAGGGGCGAGAGAAGGACCCAUUUCACGGGUCCCUGGCAGUGCUUUGUCACUGUUCAAUUGUGCUCAAUUGAAGCAAACAAAGUGGACCGAGGCAACAAAGACUUUUGUUCAGGCAAAAGAGACUUCUUUGCCAGUGGAGGUAAUUAACUGUUUAACAUUCAUUCUCAUCUGCUAGUGUGUCAGGUUUUUGAAGGUAAUAUCCAUGCUGCCUGAAACUAGAAUGUUAGGUUAAUAAAAAAUUAAGUGUGAGUUAAACAUAAUUGUUCCAUUCUCCUUUCAGAUGCACGUACUUCUUACUAUAUCUUCUAAGCAUGCAGCCGUACUUAACAGGGACCUUAGAAAAGUCUAAAUUAAGAGCCUUGACAGGCUGUCGGACUUAGAGCCUAUGGGGCUUUCCCUCCUUAACAACACUUAGAUAGGGAUUGAGGGAAACGUGAAAUUCUUUCAAAGGCUCCUGUUUCCCAGCUGUACACAGACUGCCUGUGAUUGGCCUAACUCCAGAAGAGCUUCUAGUGUCCAGAACUUACCAUGCAAUUUUUUUUCAAUCCUAUCAAUUAAAUCUGAAGAAUCUAGGGUUAAUCCUCAGAUUUUAAAUGAAGUGAUGCAAUCUCCAAACUGCAGAAAUAACAGUCAAUGCAUUCCCUCCACGAGUUUAUUGUUUUCAAAUGUGUCAGUGUAUGACCCAGCCAGUCUACAAAGAAUUGAAAAGGAAAAAACAUCCUGUUGAGUAAGUUUACAGCUACAGGAGAGGUAGCAGACAGAUCUAUAGCUGCAAAGAAUCCAGACUGAGGAAACAUUUCUGAGAAUUAUGCACUUGAAUGUCCAUUAGCUUGCCAUAGGGUUGCCACAAGUUUUGUUUGGGGUUGGAGGAAAGGGGGCUGUUAAGUCAAUUUUUUUUUCUGCGUAAGUGACAGUGUUGUAGAAUAACACUAUAAAAUGUUCUGGAAAAAAUUCACAGCAACUGAUUUUCUGUUUAAUUAGAAAUGCUAGAGUCAUCACCUUUUAACGAGGCUUGCUGAUCUCGCACGUCCAGAAGGAAGCUGGGAACUGUCUUGUAGAACAGGUAUAGCUUUACAGAAUGAAAAGGAUGCCUUUGCUGCAGUUUGUUUGUUUUUUUGGAGGUUAAUCCAAAUCCUACCCUAGGUUAAUCGAAACUGUGUUUAUAUAGAUCUGAUGGUUAACUCUGCAUCUAUUUCACACACUUCACUAAAAGAGAUGCCUUGGCUGCCAAGUGCUUGACUUUAGAAUUAGAACCAGAAAUACCAAUAUAAUUAAUGCUGGCUGCUGGCACCAAACAGAGCACCACUGGGCCAGCAGUGGCUCUUAAACUAUAAGCAAGCAGAAAAGGAUGCACUUUGAAGAGCAACUCUUCAUGCCUAUGUGUGCUUACACAGUACAGCGGAAGAUGGUUCACAGACCAUUACACAUCCUUGGUGAGGAUUUCUAAUAGAUAAAUUCUUGCCACAUUGCAUAUGAAAGAAAAAUCAUCAUCCCUUUAACAGUACAAUCGUUAAUCCAGUGUUGGAAGUGUUUGUCUAAGGAGAUACAUAAUGCAUUUUCAACGAAUACCUGUGCCUGCACCCACAUACUCAUAUUUACAUGUACCUGUUGGAUAACCAUAAGCCUAUCGGCAGAGCAAGCUCCUCCAAAAUGGCCCUAAACGAGCACUGGUGCUCUGGCUUAGCUGAAUAAUUUUUGCUCUAUCUACUUCUGCACUUUUUCCCAAAUCCAACCCAUAUGGAAGAAUGUUCAGUUUGUAGAACUCAUAAUACCCACGUAACAGUGCUCAUGGAAGGGCUGCCAAGUGAAGGAGGGCCCCCGAUCUGCUUUUAUUUGAAUCUAAUGCAAAGAUGGUAAAACAUGUUAGCUUUAUUUCGAGCUCUAAUCAGUUGUUAGACACUUUGUCAGGGUUUAUUUACUUUGCAUGAGAUUAGAUUUCCUAUUAUUUGAAAAUGUGUUUCUUUUAUACCACUUGAAUUAGAAAAACCAGCUUGAAGUACUGUCAGUUAUUAAAGCACAUUUGACUAA